AGAAAGCUAUAAAAAGCCGCCAACAACAUUUCAUUCAAAUUACUUGGUCCGCAGCGGAUCCCCUGAUAACAACGACAUAUCACCGUGCUGGAGCCAAGGCGGAAGCAUCCUUACACAUUACACCCCACCCUGUUUUGUGUUGUUAGUGUUCGGAACUGUAAAAAUCAACAGCUGAUUGCUAGAACGGUGCUACCACAACUGACCUUUACUUAGUGAUUCUCCCAUUUUUCGUUAUUUGGCGUGACGUUCAGUCGCGUUCCAUCGCUACUUGAGUGAAGUGUAAACCGAUCCAGUUCCCAUCGUGUCUGCGUUGUUUCCACCAGUGUACCGAGAUGGCACACGAAGAGACCACCACUUUCUUCGAUUGGGCUUCAAGCCAGGGUGUUUCCUUUUGGGAAGUCAUGGCUCGCAACUUUACACAACAUGGUCCCGUCGGCCCGAUGCAAACACCCGGCAGUGUACUGCUGUCAGCAGACGAAAACCGUCUCGAUAUACUCAUAUCGCCCACACAGUUUGGAUUACUCUCUGGAUUGGUAUUGUUCCUAUUUCUGAGGCACAAAAUAACGCGAUGGAGAGAGGAGCACAGCCACCUGAAAGUGACCAACAACGAUGACGUACGCCGUGCAGUCUUUACAUUCCUAACGUUUCUUGAGUUCUUAGCGAUUUCACCGCUUUUGCUCACUAUUCUACUCGUCUUCCAAGUUUACCGCAUUGCAAUACAGACAGUAUUGCGACACCGCCAUGGGAAACAUUUCAAAGGUUUGCUGGAUGGUGCAGACGUAGUUUGGGCAAUUGAGGAUCAAAACUCCCGUGGCAUGAUUAACAUUAUGGCCAAUGUAGAGGAGCCCUUUACGGACUGGGCAUCAGUUGACGGUUCCACGAGUGCAGGCAUUCUGUUGACUUUGCGCAAACGUAUAUCCGCGCGGCUGAUGCGCAACUAUCAACCACAUCCAAAAAUGUUCUGGAAGCGCAGCGUCGAGCUCGGCUACUACUUUUGGUCCGACCAAUCCGAACUUACCGUAGAGGACUACAUUCGCUACAUGGACACUGUUCCCCUCCAAGCGGGGCUACACUUCAUCGAAGAACACCAAUUACGAACUUUGCUCAGCAAAAUUAACAAUCGGCAGCUUCCGGCAAACCAUUCCGCCUCGUGGGAAGUUCUCGUUGGCAAGCAACCUUUGUUUGAUGAGAAACGAAACAUGCUUAAGUAUCCUAUCCUGUUUCGUGUUCAUCACUCACUAGGAGAUGGGGUGGCCUUGAUGCGUUUGCUGCUGGAAGCGAUUGUCGAUAAGGAGGUACCAUCACGCUGGAAGCAUCUGUCUAAGCUGAAGGUCAUGAACAUCAACUACAUUUUAAAGCAGCAAAAAGCUGCAAACCAUCACCGGUUAGCUGUGGGGGACACAUUCUUCCAGCGUGUGCGGAAAAUUCUUCCCUCUGCGUCAGAGCUGGCAGCGCAGAGGGACAAGCUUGUCCGAAUAAUCUGGACAAUUUACACGGCUCCUGCUUUCUUCCAUGAUGUAUCGCGCCGUCAGGCAGACAACAAUUGUAUACAUGCAUCACAGAUGGCCAAUGACAAGGUUGUAAGCUGGAUACACGAAGAUCACAACAGUGGCACAAGCUGGGUUGAGAUUAUCAAACGCACCAAGCGACUCAUCCCAGGGACUAGGUUCUCGGACGUUUUUCUCACUGCUCUGUCGUCCAGCUUGGAAGCUUACUUCAACAAGCAAACAAGUACACCUCCGAAAAAUCUCACCGUUGUGCUUCCAGCAAGAAUAGAAAAAGAAACACCGCACUUAAGGCUACACAAUCGUUUUUCGGUAGCGCUUCAGACGCUGCCGAUAGCUCCCCGUAUACAGAUGAACGAUUCAAACAGACAUUAUGCUUUUUCCAAACGUAUUCGAGCGGUUAAAAGAUAUUCGGACAGCUUACGCUCUUCAUCCGACUAUUUGAUCAAUUAUUGGAUCAUGUCAAAAAUGACAUGUCUUUUUCCGGAAGCUAUACUGCGAAAAAUUCUGAAAAGCGCACACAGCACACUGGCGAUCUCGAACCUUCCAGGACCCCAGCAGUUGCCUCGCAUUCAGGGCAGAGAACUGAAAAACCUCAGUUUUUUCAUUCCCAACCUUGGCACCACCGCCGUUGGAAUUACGCUUCUUACGUACGGUGGUAAACUCCAGCUUGGAAUACUAGCUGAUCGUGCAGUUAUUCGUACUGAGGACGAAGCCCACAGCAUUCUCAUGGGAACAAUCGAAGAGAUCGAGCGAAUGAGUCAGUUACUGGAGGAAAUGUAAUUGCCUACAUUACGUGGUUUACACAUUAUGCCUGAUUUACUGGUAUAAGCAAUAAAUAACUUUACAUUUGCAGAAAAGCAAAA